AGGGGUGAAGAUCUAGUGGCACCAGCUACACCACCUCUGAGACGCUCUAUUAGAGAGAGACGUCCGCCAGACUUUUUCAGAUCCUAAAGCUGAUCAUUUAAAAAAAAAAAUGUAAUUAAGAAUAUAGCAUAGCUCAGACAUGAAUUAAAUUGGGUUAUUAGCUUUAAAGGGGGGGAAUGUAGUAACCUGGUAUGUUUAUGUUUACCAAUAGAUGGCAGUAUUGACUCAAGAUGGGGGUUUGCUUCCCGCUAUCCAUAGCUAUUUCCUAUGUCUACCUAUUUAACUAUGAUUAAGAAAGCUUCAGGUAGUUUAAGCCAGGUGCAUAAGAUAAUGUAAAUCUAAAUUACAAUUAAAUACUAAACCGUACGUAAGUCUCAUGAGUCGUAAUUCUAAGAAGCUUUUAAGGAUACUACAGUACAUGUAGGUAUGAUUAAAGUGACUAUGCACAUAUGAUGAACAGAGAGUAGCAGUAGCGUAAAAAGAGGGAUUGGCGGGUGGUGGGACGCAAUGCAGAUAGCCCGGUUAGCCAAUGUGUGGUAGCACUGGUUGGUCGCGCCAAUUGAGGUAGUAUGUACAUGAGUUAAAGUGACUAUUCAUAUGUGAUAAACAUAGAGUAGCAGCAGCGAAAAGAAGGUUUGGGGGGUGAAAACAAUGCAAAUAGUCCAUUUGGUUACCUGUUCAGGAGUCUUAUGGCUUGGGGGUAAAAACUGUUGAGAAGCCUUUUUGUCCUAGACUUGGCACUCCGGUACCGCUUGCCAUGCGGUAGUAGAGAGAACAGUCUAUGCCUGGGGUGGCUGGGGUCUUUGACAGUUUUCAGGGCCUUCCUCCGACAUCGCCUGGUGAAGAGGUCCAGGAUGGCAGGCAGCUUAGCCCCAGUGAUGUACUGGGCCGUACGCACUACCCUCUGAAGUGCUUUGCGGUCAGGGGUCGUGCAAUUGCCGUACCAGGCAGUGAUGCAACCGGUCAGGAUGCUCUUGAUGGUGAUGCUGUAGAACCUUUUGAGGAUCUCAGGACCUAUGCCAAAUCUUUUUAGUUUCCUGAGGGGGAAUAGGCUUUGUCGUGCCCUCUUCACGCCUGUCUUGGUGUGUUCGGACCAUUCUAGUUUGUUGUUGAUGUGGACACCAAGGAACUUGAAGCUCUCAACCUGCUCCACGACAGCCCCGUCGAUGAGAAUGGGGCGUGCUCAGUGCUCCUUUUCCUGUAGUCCACAAUCAUCUCCUUAGUCUUGGUUACGUUGGUUGUUAGGUUGUUAUUCUGGCACCACCCGGCCAGGUCUCUGACCUCCUCCCUAUAGCCUGUCUCGUUGUUGUCGGUGAUCAGGCCUACCACUGUUGUGUCGUCUGCAAACUUAAUGAUGGUGUUGGAGUUGUGCCUGGCCAUGCAGUCGUGGGUGAACAGGGAGUACAGGAGUGGACUGAGCACUCACCCCUGGCGAGCUCCAGUUUUGAGGAUCAGCGUGGCAGAUGUAUUGCUACCUACCUUCACCACCUUGGUGCGGCCCGUCAGGAAGUCCAGGAUCCAGUUGCAGAGGGAGGUGUUUAGUACCAGGUUCCUUAGCUUAGUGAUGAGCUUUGAGGGUACUAUGGUGUUGAACGCUGAGCUGUAGUCAAUGAAAAGCAUUCUCACAUAGGUGUUCCUUUUGUCCAGGUGGGAAAGGGCAGUGUGGAGUGCAAUAGAGAGCAUCAUCUGUGGAUCUGUUUGGGCGGUAUGCAAAUUGGAGUGGGUCUAGGGUUUCUGGGAUAAUGGUGUUGAUGUGAGCCAUGACCAGCCUUUCAAAGCACUUCAUGGCUGCAUACGUGAGAGCUACGGGUCGGUAGUCAUUUAGGCAGGUUACCUUAGUGUUCUUGGGCACGGGGACUACUCUGCUUAAAAGAUGUUGGUGUUACAGACUCAGACAGGGAGAGGUUGAAAAUGUCAGUGAAGACAAUUUCCAGUUGGUCAGCGCAUGCUCACAGUACACGUCCUGGUAAUCCGUCUGGCCCUGCGGCCUUGUGAAUGUUGACCUAUUUAAAGGUCUUACUCACAUCGGCUGUGGAGAGCGUGAUCACACAGUUGUCCGGAACAGCUGGUGCUCUCAUGCAUGUUUCAGUGUUAUUUGCGUCGACGCGAGCAUUGGAGUAGUUUAGCUCGUCUGGUAGGUUUGUGUCACUGGGCAGCACUCGUCUGUGCUUCCCUUUGUAGUCUGUAAUGGUUUGCAAGCCCUGCCACAUCCGACGAGCAUCGGAUCCAGUGUAGUAAGAUUCGAUCUUAGUCCUGUUUUGAAGCUUUGCCUGUUUGGUGGUUAGUCGGAGGGCAUAGCGGGAUUUCUUAUAAGCUUCCGGGUUAGAGUCCCACUCCUUGAAAGCGGCAGCUCUAGCCUUUAGCUCAGUGCGGAUGUUUCCCUUAAUCCAUGGCUUCUGGUUGGGGUAUGUACAUACGGUCACUGUGGGGACGACGUCAUCGAUGCACUUAUUGAUGUAGCCAAUGACUGAUGUUGUGUACUCCUCAAAGCCAUCGGAAGAAUCCCGGAACAUAUUCCAGUCUGUGCUAGCAAAAGAGUCCUGUAGCUUAGCAUCUGCUUCAUCUGACCACUUUUUUAUUGACCAAAUCACUGGUGCUUUCUGCUUAAUUUUGAGCUUGUAAGCAGGAAUCAGGAGGAUAGAAUUAUGGUCAGAUUUGCCAAAUGGAGGGCGAGGGAGAGCUUUGUACGCAUCUCUGUGUAUGGAGUAAAGGUGGUCUAGAGUUUUUCCCCCUCUGGUUGCAAAUUUAACAUGCUGAUAGAAAUUUGGUAAAAUGGAUUUAAUUUCCCUGCAUUAAAGUUCCCGGACACUAGGAGCGCCACCUCUGGAUAAGCUUUUUCCUGUUUGCUUAUGGUGGAAUACAGCUCUUUUUGUGGGGUCUUGGUGCCAGCAUCGGUCUGUGGUAGUACGUAGACAGCUACAAAAAAUACAGAUGAAAACUCUCUAGGUAGAUAGUGUGGUCUACACCUUAAGAUGAGAUACUCUACCUCAGGCGAGCAAAACAUUGAGACUUCCUUAGAUAUCGUGCACCGGUUGUUGUUUACAAAUAUACUGUACAUAGUCCUUCCCUACUUGUCUUACCAGAUGCCGCUGUUCUAUGCUGCCGAUAAAGCGUAUAACCAGCCAGCUGUAUGUUGACAAUGUUGUCGUUCAGCCAUGACUCCGUUAAGCAUAUGAUAUUACCAUUUUUAAUGUCCCGCUGGUAGUUUAAUCUUCCUUGUAGGUCGUGGAUUUUAUUUUCCAAUGAUUGCAUGUUAGCUAGUUGAACGGAAGGCAGUGGGGGUUUGUUCGAAUGCCAUCGAAUUCUCAGAAGGCAGCCGACCUCCGCCCUCUUUUUCUCCGUCUUCUCUUCAUGCAAAUGACGGGGAUUUGGGCCUGUUCCCGGGAAAUCAGUAUGUCCUUCAUGUCAGGCUCUUCGGACUCGUUAAAGGAAAAAAAAGCUUUUUCCAGUUUGUGGUGAGUAAUUAUUGUUCUGAUGUCCAGAAGUUAUUUUCUGUCAUAAGAGAUGGUACCAGCAACAUUAUGUACAGAAUAAGUAAAAAAAUAAGUUACAAACAACAAAACAAAACAAAAAAAACACAUUUGUUUAGGAGCACGUAAAACUUCAGCCAUCUUCUCCGGAGCCAUGAUACAAUCGCCAUCAGGCGCCAUCCUCGACUUUCGUCGGCAGUCAGUUGCUUCAUCCUUACCACUCAAGCAAGACCAUUAACAUUUUAUAUUCAUCCAAUGUUUGCUAUAUUUUUGGAUGAUGUCGUCGCUGCUCAUGAAUGUGAUGUUGGUGACCCAGUGGAUUCUGCUGAGGGGCGGCUCAUAAUAAUGGCUGGAACGGAGUUUUUGGAAUGACAUCAGACACAUGGAAACCAUUUCACUAAUUCCGCUCGAGCCAUUACCACGAGUCCAUCCUCCCCAAUUAAGGUUCCAUGAAACUCCUGUGGUUGGUCCAUAUAAACUGGAUGCAACCCGUACAGACAGUCCAUGAAGCGGUGUAUGUGAACGUGAGUAGAUUACCUUGAUAACAAUGGUCGGACGUCUUGGACGUUGUCCCCAGUUCUUCUUAUACCUCAGUGAUCCAGGUAGUGUUGCUGCCGUGAAUCAGAAAAUAUUUUAAACAUCCAACCAGAAGUUUUUUUCGGGCAGCAUAGAAGCUGGCAGCAUUACCGCCACCUAGCGUGCUAGAGGAUUUUUGGCGCGUAGACUACGAAAAACAUUGAAAAUCCUAUAGCGCAGGGUAGGCCUACUCUUGAAUACACAUAUACUUUUUAGGCCUACACAAAUGUCUGGAUGGUUUGUACAAUUUGCACACUGUCAGUGUUAAUUGUCUGUGUUCUGUUUGGACCAACCUUACCUAAAUAGGCAUAAACAUACCCACAAAUAGGCAUAUUAACUGAUAUUAUAUUCAAAUUGGGCCUUGACCUUACCUGUGUUUGUCAUGAUAAUCCUUGUCAUGAUAAAUGUUAAUAUUUUAUUUCAACACAACAUUUGUGAAAGCUCCCAGUAAGCAGAUUUAGAUCACUUUCUCUACAGCUGAGGGAGGUUUGUGUACGGCUCUGUAUCACUGUGUGAACGGAGUAGCUUCAUGUUGCUGACAGUAGUAAUCUCCUGCAUCUUCAGGUUGAACUCCACUGAUGAUCAGAGGGAAAUCAAUAUCAUAUCCAGUGCCAUGAUAUCGACCAGAUGUUAAACCUCUGUCAAAGUUGAUGAUGAAUUUAGGAGCUUCUCCAGGUUUCUGAUGGUACCAGAAUAAAUCAUCGUCAAUAUCGUCAUAUGUAAAUGGAGAAACAGUCUGAUGAUACAUGAUACCUGUGAUAUGAAGUCUGUUGACAAAUCAUCAGUGAGAUUACCAGAAGUCUUGUGUGGUUUAUUUAUUCAUAAAAAAAAGCAGUAUCAAUACUGUCCCAUAUUGUAAGACAGAUACUAAUAUUGUCUAGAUAAAACAUUGUCUAGAUAUAUUUUUGUUCACUUUAGAGUUACAGUAUUUCCCUUCCCUUGUAAAUACAUCUGGCCCCUAUUGGCUCCUAAUGUCCUACACAGACAAAAUGUACUUUUCUAAGUCACCUUGUGUGUGCCUGAUCAAAACCUUACAACAAGUAACAAGUGAGUGAUUUGUCACGAGUUGUACGUUCAUCCACCUCCAUGUUGUCUGACUCGUAUAUGCUAUCAACCACUCUCAAAGAGCAGCUUUUGUUGUCACACUCUCUCUCUCACUCACUCACUCACUCACUCACUCACACACACACACACACACACACACACACACUCACACUCACACUCACACUAUGUGACUGGUACACAAUACUGUCCUUGUGCUGUACACAAAAGGUCAGAUGAAUCAAAGCAUAUGAAUCACAGACAGCUGUCUCUCCUCUCAGGCUCUCAGACGCACUUCUAAUCCACAUCACAGCCAAAUAUCCUCCUCAUUUUCUUGGAUACUACACUGGAUAUUGAUUCACAAUCCAUUUGACAAUAUUCAUGAUAAAUAUUUAGCUGGAAAUGUUAGCGAAACAGCACAGAGACGUUUUUGUGAGAUGAGGGCAUGGUGCUUGAAGAGGCUCAGGGCAGGUUAUGAAUGGAUAGGGGACUACAACUCUUUAAAAAGAAAGUUAUGUCCUCAUUUAGAACACAAAAAUCAAACAAGUAAGAGUUUUUAAAAUGUGUGUGUGUGUGGGGGUGAGUGUAUGAAUGGUAGUGACAGACAGUAGUGCCCGUAGGCGGCCCUUGCCACAUUAGUCCGCCGGACCCUGGUCUAUAGUAUUUACUGUACAUAUCAUCAUGACAAGUCCUCUGCCUGAAGGAAGAAACAUUGGAUUUCAAGUCUUCCUUAUUAACUUCUCAAGUUCCAUAUGAAGAGCAAAAUUCGGACGACCACGUGUGUCCUCCUAUUUCUAUUCACACGUCUUGGAGUAGGCUCCGGAGGAUUUGGGAAUCCUGUCACAGAUGACGUGAGCAGGCUGAUGUUAUUGAAACACAAUAUUCCAAAGGAUUAUAACAUUUCUAUAAAUUAUCUUCCCAAAGAGAGGAGUGGUGUGUGCUGGGUUCUACUGAAUAUCUACCCACUGGAACAAAGCCUUAGGGAACUGGCCCGGGUGUUUGGUGCCAUUUCUUCCAACAAAGACAAUAUUAUGAUCUUCAUCACCAUGCUGCAAAAUCUACGCUUCCAAUUUGAUCAUGAGGAGCUGGUAAUGCCUGAGGCAACAAUGCAAGUCUUUAAAUGCCACUGUAGGGCGGUCAAAUGGCCAUCUGGGCAGUAUUUUGACUAUAUCAGAGACAUUUUGAGUUCUGCAGCUCAGGGAGAAGGAGGAUUCCGCUGUGUGCCUCCACCCUGCCCUGCCCCUACUACAGCAGGAAGUGAAGCACAGGACCAUGAACAGACUCGGUCCAGGGGGGGUCUGCUGUCCCUGCUUCCGAUCCCAGUCACAGCCUGCGUGUUCCUCAUUGUGUGGGUGAUUAAAUCUAGAAGAGGAGGCUCCCCAGAGAGUAAUCUAGAGAGAGGCCAUAGAAGGCUGUCCACUAAUGUGGAACGGACCAUAAACAUCCCUAUUCCACCAGUCACCAGUACAACUGACACACCAAUAAUGGGGGAAGCCUGAUCACCACUGAGGGAGCAAAUGAAGCCAACAUCAAGAACUGCAUAGAGAGCAGAAAGCUCCCCGUCUGGACUGGUGUCACUCUGGACUGGUGUCACUCUGGACUGGUGUCACUCUGGACUGGUGUCACUCUGGACUGGUGUCACUCUGGACUGGUGUCACUCUGGACUGGUGUCACUCUGGACUGGUGUCACUCUGGACUGGUGUCACUCUGGACUGGUGUCACUCUGGACUGGUAUCACUGAUUCUUCUUGGGUGAUAUCCCUGAGAGAACAGAGCUGAAAUCUUUUAUUUGGUACCUUUGACAUAUCGGAGCUGAUAUCUCUAAAAUAUGUGGGCUGAUAUAGGGGUCUCACUUAAACAAGGGACAACGGUGAUAAGACAUGAAUCAACCGCUUCCUAGAACUAUAUAAUUUGGACUGUCAUAUAUUUUGACACAACACCAUGUAUCACAGGUUUCUACCUUGUCUAUGUCUGUCUAAUCAGAGAUUUUGACAUGACAACAUAUCAGAGACAUUCUCUACUGAGACUAGACUUUGUUGUGGGAUAAAGAUCUAUUGCUGCUGUGUGGCCACAGAGUGUGUGCUGUCUCACCCCUUCUUUGAGUCACAUCAUCAGUGUGUGUGUGACUACAGUAUGACAGUUUAACUGCCAGCUGUUUGUGUGUGUGUGUGAGUAAGCUACCCUGCUCUGGAUGAUCUCAGUGAGGGCCAUAAGAGGGGCUUGUUCUCGCCACAAAGGAAAAGAGCCGUAGGCUGAAGGAAAUACCAGUUCCAUGCUAACCGACAGAGACAGAUCCUUAUGAAUCAAAAACCGUUUGAUCUUCAAUCCCCAGACAGCAGAAAAUCAGGAUUAUCUGCCAUCUCCUCUCAUGCUGCACUAUCACACGCAUUAUGAAGCCUUCUUACUGGGCACAGACGUCAAUUCAACGUCUAUUCCACGUUGGUUCAACUUAAUUUUAAUGAAACGAUGUGGAAACAACGUUGAUUCUACCAGUGUGUGCCCAGUGGGUUAGGACUAACUGAUUUCAAGCAUAAGUUAUGGCUGCUUUUUAACUCUCCUCUAGUGGUCAGAUAGUUAAUUACACUUGAUUCCCUCAGAACCUGCAGUAGGUCCCAGCUGAAGCAGUACAGUCACUGUGCAGUCUGACUGAGGGAGGUUUUUGUAUGGCUCUAUAUCACUGUGUGAACACCUAGACACUUUGUGUAGAUAGUGUGUGUAGUCUAGCGUAGAUAUUGUGUGUAGUGUAGAUAGUGUAGAUAAUGUAUGUAGUGUAGAUAGUGUUUGUACUGUCGAUAGUGUAGAUAGUGUAUGUAGAUAGUGUACAGUACAUGUGUCUCAUGUUUGAGUCCAGCAUCAUUCACAGAUCUAACGGUCAGUAAUCCGCUCAUAAAAGAGUGAAUAUAAUGCUAGAAGAUCACAUCCAUUUAAAUCAGACAUUUGGUUGAGGUCCAUAUGAGGGCUUGUUUUGGGGGCUGAAGUGAUUGUAACUUUGAAGUAAUGUUGAGACCAUAACAACUUUUGUUUUACUUCUGGAGAUCUUGCUUUACAUAUGGACAGGAAUUGUGUUUCAAAACUUCAAAUAACUUGUAUAUAUAUACACUUUCAGACCAUGAUGAAAAAUAAUAUACCGUAAGUUAUAACCAUGAUGAUAAUGUUAAUAAUGUUCAUGUGAUCUGAAUAAUGUCCAACCAUAUUGUCACAUGUCACAGUUGACCUCAUCUAGUGACCAGUGUUCCAUGUCACUGUCUCUUCCCUCUCAGACACUGCAAUCUGACUGAGGGAGGUUUUUGUACAGCUCUUUAUCACUGUGUAAACACAUUGGGAUUGUGGUAACUCUGACAGUAGUAAUCUCCUGCAUCUUCAGCCUGGACUCCACCGAUGGUCAGAGUGAAGUCACUCCCAGAUCCACUGCCACUGAAUCUAGAUGGAAUCCCAGACUGAAGUGUUGUAGCCAAGUAAAUAAGGAGUUUAGGAGCUCCUCCAGGUUUCUGUUGAUACCAGGCUAGGUAGAUAUUACCAUGGACAUUACUGCUGGUUUUACAGUUCAGAGAGACUGACUGUCCUGGGAGAACAGCUUUCACUGCAGGAGUCUGAGUCACAGUGUACUGUCCUCUGGAUUCUGAAAAAUUUAAUAAAAACAUUUAUAUGAAUGAAAUAUUACAUAUAGUAAUGAAUAGUUCUGAAUAUAAAUAUUAUUAUUGAUAUACAUUACUGUGGUAUAGAUUGAAUUAAUUUUCAACAAUAAAUUCAGAAAAUGUUAACCUUGAAAGCAGACAGCCAGUGUCCAGAUGAAGAUGGUGAUAAAAGUCAUGGUUGUUGUGGGUUCUGUUGUCAUGAAGGACAGCUCUCAGUCAUGAAGUGUUCAUCUCACAGGGAUAUAAAUGCUCUCAGAGCAGCGGGGCAGAUGCAUUAUGCAAAUGAAUGUUUCAAAUUUAUUUCCGUUUCCAGGAAGGCUCACAUCUUUAGAAUGUAUUUUAUCCUGCAUGUGCUAAUUUUAAUAACAUCAAACAGCAACUUUUUAAUCACAUCACUAAUGUAUGACGUUUUUUAGGCACACCACCACUGUAUUUUGAUUCUGAUGAUGAUCAAAUAUAAUGAACUGUCUGUUCACUCAUGCUUGGUGUCUCAUGUAAGUUCCUCUAAUCAGUUAGUGAACACUUCUCUAAACUAAAGCUGGUAGGAUUCCUCUGGUAGUGUUGUCUGUGCUCUGUGACUUUACCACCACUGUUAAAUCUGAGAUCAACAUGUUUAAUAAAGGAAUAUACAACAUGA